AUGAUUAUCAAGCCUGUUCCAUGUCUUAAAGACAAUUACGCCUAUCUUUUAUUGGACCAAAAGUCAAAGCAAGCUGCUGCUGUGGACCCUGUUGAACCUGAUCAUGUUUUAAAGGCUUUGGAAGCGUACCCAGAUUACAAGCUGUCCAUGGUCCUCACUACCCAUCAUCAUUGGGAUCAUGCUGGCGGAAACCCCAAAUUGCUGAAAACACAUCCUGUCACUUGCUACGGUGGAUCAGAUCAAGUGGAUGGCGUGACCCACAUCGUCAAGGACAAGGAUACCAUCCAGCUAGGCGAUUUGACCAUCAAAGCACUUGCUACAAGUGGUCAUACCAUGGAUCACAUGUGCUACUACAUUGAACACGAACAAGACCGUGCCGUCUUCACUGGCGAUUGUCUUUUCAGCAGUGGCUCAGGACGCAUGUUUGAAGGGUCUCCUGACAACAUGUGGAACGCCAUGACCCAAUUGCUACAAUUGCCUGACGAUACCAAGGUGUAUUUCGGCCAUGAAUAUACUGUCAGCAACCUCAAGUUUGCACAACAUGUGGAGAAAGACAAUCAAGAUAUCAAGGACAAGAUGACAUGGGCUCAACAAACAAAAUGCACGACACCAUCGACCAUUGCCAACGAGAAACUGACCAACCCCUUCUUGAGGGUUAAUUUGCCUAAAGUCGCCAAGUUGAUUACAGAUGAUGAAAAUGCAUCAGUUAGUGAAGUUUGGGGAAAAUUGCGCAAAAUGAAGGACCAUUUUUAG